AUGGUGACUGCGAAUGGAUACUGUCCUAGCCCGUUCCUCCAGGAGUCUCUCUUUCCGGAGAAAGGUGGAUUUAUUGAUGGACGAUUUUGCGAGACCAUCCCCGGCCUCGGUCCCAAUGGGACCGCGGUGUCAUGCUGCUUGCCUUGCCCGCUCUCCGACUGGCGAUACGCGGAUAAUACCGCGAAGCGAGUCGACGUCGCUAGCUGGAUCAGUGUCGCCAUUCUCCCUCUCUGCGUCUUCCUUCUCGUCUCGUACGCCGUUCUCCCCGUCAAAUGGACCAACCGCCACUACUUGAGUAUCUGCUUUACGCUGGGUAUCUGCUGCAUGGAGAUUGCGUUCAUUAUCCCCCUUGGAACCAACCCCGCGCAAUGCCAUAACGCCAUUACGCCUAAUGAUAUGUACUCUAACCUCUCCUGCGCCUUCUCGGGCGCCUUCCUGCUCUUUGGCGGAUGGCUCGUGGUCAUGUGGAGUUUCAUCCGCACCAUCGCCUUCCACCUGCAAGUGUGCUGGGAGUUCGUGCUCGGCCCCAAGUUCAUGUGGGGGGCAUUCCUCGCCGGCUUCGGGAUCCCCGCCGUCGCCAUGACCGUCAUGCUCAUCCUCACCGGCGUGUCGUUCCGCUUUGGCGAGAUCUGCCACAUCAACAUCAAGUACGGCGCCCAGGACUACUGGUACCCGCUCAUUUCAUUCGCGGCCGCUGCGCUCGUUCUGCAGCUGGCCACGAUGGCCUACUGCAUGCAUAUCUACCUGCGCUCGCUGUUCGACAAAUCCGCCUCGACCACCGACAACAGCUCCGGCCUGCCCAGCUACACGAGCAGCGUGCGCACCGUCACCGCACGCCAGGCUUACCGCCGUGUGCGCCGCGUCAUACAGCUUCAAUGGCGCGGUGCCGCCCUCGUCCUGAUCAUCCUCGGCAACGUCAUCUUCUUCGCUGUCGUCUUCAUCGACCUCGAUCGCAACGUCAAGCCGACACCAACCAACAUCGCCAAGGCCUCGCAAUGGAUCAUGUGCCUCGCCACGGGCGGUGGCAAGGAGGCCUGCGAGCGAUAUGCCUCCGGUCUUGGCCCCAACGAACCCACCCUCCUGGCAGUAGUCUACCUACUCUCCCUCGUGGGCUUCUGGAACUUCAUCCUCUUCGCACGGCCAUCCAUGUUUGUCGGCUGGCUGGAUCUCUGUCGGCGCGGGUUUUCCGCGCACCGGGAAUUCGUCUCCGUCGAUGCCCACCGCCACCCCGAUAACAAGGGCUUCGAGAUGCUCACAGCCUCCAAGACCCCCGAGCCCUACCAAUACAACAUGCGCUCGCCCAGCCCCAGUGCAAUGAUGCGCUCGCCCAGCCCUCGCGAAGCGAUGCGCUCACCCAGUCCCGCGCACACCCUGGGCGGCCGUCGCAGUCCGAUGGAUGCGACGAGCCCGACCUUCGAUCGCAGCGUGCACUUUGGCCACCAAGAGGCGCGGUAUACGAGGCCGUCGAUGAGCUUUAGUGGGCCGCGGCCGCCGAGCUCGUCUGCGAACGGGCGCGACUGGGAUCCUUCAGCCACCUUUGCUCCUGGCCAUGCACGAUGA